UCAAUUCCCAGCAACCACAAGGUGGCUCACAACCAUCUGUAAUGGGAUCUGAUGCCCUCUUCUGGUGUGCUUGACUGAAGAAAACAACAAUGUUCUCACAUAAAAUAAAUUAAAAAAAAUAUUUUAAUUUUUUUGAGCUGGGCAGUGGUGGCGCACACCUUUAACAUUAGCACUCAGGAGGCAGAGGCAGGCAGAUCUCUGCGUUUCAGACUAGCCUGGUCUACAGACCCAGUUCCAGAACAGGCAAUGCUAUACAGAGAAGCCCUGUCUUGGAAAACUAAAACUAACUUAAUAAAAAUACAGUAUUUAGGGGUUGGGGAUUUAGCUCAGUGGUAGAGCGCUUGCCUAGCAAGCGCAAGGCCCUGGGUUCGGUCCCCAGCUCCGAAAAUAAAAAAAAAGAAAAAAGAAAAAAAUACAGUAUUUAAACUGUAUUUACUCGUCUAUCCAUUUAGUGUGAACAAGUUACUAUGCAUGCAUGUGUGUAGUACCCACAGAGGCCAGAAGAGGGCAUCAGAUCCCCUGGAGCUGAUACGUGUGCUGGGAGCCAAACUAGCCUUCUGCAAGAGCAGCAAGUGCUUUUUAAUGGAUGAGCUUCAGCUCCUUAACAUAUAGUCAUAUGGCCCAGGAUGAGCUUCUGACCUCCACCUCUGAGUACUGGGAUUGCAGGCUAGACCAACCAUAACGAUGUCUUCGGUUGCUAUUAUUUCUUGGACAGGAUUCGACUCUCUCUAGGACCAGAGAGGGACCGGAGCUGGAAAGGUUAUGAAACACCUAGAGAGCCCAGGGAGAUGAGAACAAGAAAAUAUAGAACAAGGCUCCAGCACAGACCCUGUUUCCAGAAUAUUGAUGCAGGGAAGGACAGACAGAAUCAAGGCUUUCCUUGUUUGGCUCCAGCGCUAUGUCCGGCUUCUUCCUUUGGUUUCCCACUUGUUUAUUUACUGGGGGAUGGGGGACAGGAGUCCGAGGCAGGUCUCAAGUAGACAAUUGAAGCCUUAAAUGCCCAAACUCCUGCCUCUGCCACCUGAAUGCUGGGUUAUAAGUGAGCCUCACUUUCACACCACGUUCAUGUGGUACUGGAGGUAAAAUGCGGCUCCUUAUAAAGGCGGGGCAAUGUGAGACCCAGAAAUGAGCCUUAGGUAUGUCCUUCCCAGCAUGAAAGCCAAACUAAUAGGCAGUGGUGGGACCAGGCAAAGCCAAAACACCAGUACCAUUUGGAGCUAUCCCAAGGUGUGAUACAGUGUCACAGGACUGCGGCACUCGAGGCAGUGAGUCAGCCCUGGGAAUAGGUGACCAGAGCCAGCUGAGACAGGGCUCCAAUUCCCAGACCCUCCCUCCUAAAAAGUGGGGUAUACCUGGGUGGUGGUGGUACACACCUUUAAUCUCAGCACUCCAGAGGCAGAGGCAGGCAGACCUCGGAGUUCCAGGCCAGCCUGGUCUACAGAGUGGGUUCCUGGACAGCCAGGGCUACACAGAAAAACCCUGUCUCAAAAACCAAAAAACAACAAACAAAACAAGAAAAGGUAAGAAAAGGGGGGAGGGGUUACAAGUGCCUAUCUUGACAAUGAGAACCCCUUUAAAGGUGGGCAUCCCAGUGAAAGCAAGAGGCUCCAGCAGCAGCACUGUGUGACCUCAGACAAGCAGCUGUCAUUCUCUGGGCUUCACCUGUAUCCCUAGACACACGACUCAACGUCAGGGUCCAGAUGACUGAUGGAGGCCAGCCAGUCCGAUUCGACUCUGAGGUUAUCAAAACACCUGCAUGGGCUUACCCCAGGAGGCAAUUCCCAACCCUGUCCUACAAAAGCCACACACCCACACACAACUAAAAUAAACGGGGGGCAAACACCAGACCAGUAUGCACAGGGAAGACAGCCUUGGACUUACAAGGUCCCCAUCUGCUGUGGACUGUGAGACAGACUUGCCAGCCAGUUCUAGUUUGGCAAGUCUCUGCCACCCUCUAUCCACUUAACCACCUGUCAGGCUCUUGUUCCAUUUGUGCCUCAUAAGAACCGUAAACAGUAAUUACCACCUUCAUACCCAUUCUUCGGAAGAGUAAACUGAGGGGGGUGGUGGUGAAGAGACUCGCUGAGGUCACCCGCCUGGCUUGGCAGUCCUCUUGAGCCCUGGAGAGGUCUGGAAGAGGGCUGUGUAGCCAAGGCAAGGAGAGGAAACCCUCAAUUCUCUGUACAAGACCUCCCACUGCCGGCCUCCCCUGGAGAAUGAUGUGCAGAGCCUUAGAAGAACUGGGGAGCCAGGAUUCGGGGCUCUAUUUCUGGUGUUGUGCUGACUCAGACCGUGACCUUGGGUGAAUUACUCACCAGCUCUGUGAAGCUUUAAAACAACACCCCCAAUAAAAGUGUUCCAGCUCCAAGUCCCCAUUAUGGGGGUGCCACUAGGGAGGAAUGGGUACAGUUUAAAAAUAGAAAGACCGGGACCACAAAGAAGGUGAUGGGAGAGCUGAAUGUCUCAGGCUUGUCCAUGCUGAGUCCUGGGAAGGUGGCAGCCACUUUCGGACCACCAGGCAGAAGUGGUACCUGCCUGCAUCCUCCCUCCCCAGGUUCCUAGAUACUCCUUAGGACGCACAUCAGUUCCCCCCCCCCCCCCCCCCGCAGCAGCCGGAGGUGACCUAAUUAAAGUCCUUCCCACCCCCACCCCCACUAAGUGUGUGUGUGUCAGGGGCUGUCCCAGCCAAUCCUAAAGAUUAAUUAUUUAAGUGACUCUUUACUCUCCUGCUCACAAGCCCAAGCAGCCCUGAGGCUCUUGUUCUAAGGCCUCUGGGCUUUUCUGGCAUUAGUGGGGGGAGGGAAAGCCAGGGUAGCUACCUGGAGCCAAGUUCACAGACAAGCUCCACUUCAGCCUGUCGGUGUGAGCUUAAACAAGUCACCUUCCCAUGCUGGCUCCUCUGGAGAGAGGAUCCUACUGGCCAAAGUCACACAUGGUGACAGAUUGGCAAUGGUGUGGUCUCAAAGUCCCUGGGCUUCCCAGGGUGCUAAGUCAACUCCUGCCUGGUGACUACUAUUUCUGGGGAUGGAGUGUGUUCUGGCCCCACCCUGAUUGUACCCCCUCACCUUGCUGUGCAUCUCCCCCAAGCUGCCUGUGCACAGAGCUCUGGGUCCUGGACACCAGGCCUGUGACCAGCUCGAUUAGUCUAAGAGCACCCUCUGCUGGGUAUCACCUGCACAAGGUGGGUGAAUGCGGGGGAGGGGGGAGACCUGUGCCUUUGGAUGGACUGGCAAAUAUCUCCACUCCCCCAUUUAUCCAUUCCUGUGGAUCCUUGAGAGCCACAAGGGAGGCCCUCCCUAGCCAAUAAGCAUCUUCAAACCUUUUCCAGCCAUCUGUCUCCAGGCCUGGGACAACUUGGUGUGUUCUCCUGGGACCCUUCACCGCUGGCUUCUGUUUGCACUAGUUGUGUUAAGGUGGGGUGGGGCCAGAGACACAAGGUUGGGAAAUAGAUGUUUUGGGGAAACGCAGUGUGGGGCGAGGAGGGGAAAAGACACUCAGAACCUGGGCACUCAUGCCCAGAGACCUCUGGGAUGGAGUCGGAUUUGGGAAAGCGCUCUCCCCACCCCCACUCCCCUCCUCACCCCCCUCCUCACCCCCAUCCUUCCCAGGGAAAGGCCCUGCCUGGAUGGCAUAUAAGCAAGCCAGUGCCAGGCUGCCAGAGGGGGUGCCCACCUCCCACAAGGCACACUUCCUUCUCCCCUCCCCCAGCCCCAGCGGAUGCAGCAGUUCACACUCUGGAUUUAUUAUUGUUCUCAGUCCUGCCCCCCUCCUCCCUGGGAAGCGCCUGCAGCCUGGCAGCCUAGCAGCCUGGCAGGAACCUGCUGUCUCCUUGUGGGUGCCAGCAUGGCCCCUUAUCUCCAUUCAGUCUCCUUGUGCCAGGGUCAGACCACUCAGGGGCUUGAUGCCAGCCAAGGCCAACCUGAGUCCUUGCAUCCCACAGCAAGGGUUGCCCGCCAGCUGGUCUGUCACCCCUGUCCUCCAGUGGGCUGCACCCAAGCAAAGGAGGAGGUCAGAGCUAGCCCAGCAUGCGGGGGAGGGCAAGGACUCGAUGGGGUGGCAUAAAGGCAAAAAUAACGUGGAACCAUUCCUCCAGCCAGUUGACACAAUUAUCACUGCCACACUAGGGAAAAAGAGAGUGAGGGGAAGACAGCUGCUCUGGGUCUCUGCCUGCCCCAGGCGGCUCCUCCCCUCUGCCCUGGCCUCAAUGCAGAUUUCAGGGGCAAGAUCCAGAGGUGCUCCCGACUGGCCUUUUAGGGUCUGGAAGGAGUCACGGCUAUCCCUCACCCAGUUCCCAGACCGGAGGCUGCGGCUUGGCAGGAAGCUACUGUUACCUGCUUCUCAACCCAGACGCGAGUCCCAGACACAGACAUUCACACACAUUCAGACGCGCGCGCGGGAGCCACUCCGCCACAGCUUUUCUGGAGGGUCAAGGAGAGAGAAGGGAAGGGAGGUGGGCUCCUCUGCCUCCCCGGCAUCCUCUAAGCAGAGCUGGGCUGGCUGAUGCAGCUCCUCGACCUUUCCAGCCUCACUCCACACAUCCUUUCUUGGUACGGUCAGCCCUCGGCCCCUGCCUCUGCCAGUUUCCAUCACGGGCUUCCUUCAGGUCCCUUACCUCGCCCUGGCAGCUGGGUCCAGGUACUGUCUCCUGUAGUGGGCAGCACCCGAUCUCUCUGGACCGUGGAGCUGGCUGGCAAGGGUCACGUCUGGAUGAUGCACUCUCCGUGGCGCGCGCGCGCGCGCGUGUGUGUGUGUGUGUGUGUGUGUGUGCAGGAGGCACCUCAGCCCCUCACUCACUCACUCACACACGCCCUCCUGCUGACGUCAGGAUGUGCUGGAGGGAGGGACUGGGAUGGGAAUUUGUACUCGUAGCUUAAAGGGACACUAGGCUAUCUCUUCUCUGGCCCAGACACCACCUCCUGAGCAAGGCGAGUGCUGGUUCCAGAACCCUCAGCCCAACAGAGCCAGUGACCCAACCUGGGAUCCAAUUUUGGUGGUCCGUUUGUCAUUCCAGUGGCCUUGAACUGAGCGACCAGGGAGUAGCCAAGGAGGAUUUCUUGAGCUCCAGAGAUGAGCCAGCCUUGAGUGUCCUGGAACUCCCUCUCUGGACCAGGCUGGCCUCCAACUCAAAGAUCAGCCUUGCUUCUGCCAUGGGAAUGCUGGUAUUAAAGGUGUGCAGCACCGUGGCCUGGCUAAAUUUAAAAAUCUUAAGGCAGUGGAAACUCCAGAGCAAAGCAGGAACUUCUCAUGGAGAAGGCAAUAAAACGACCUAAUAACCACGUGCUGAACGUGAGGAGGCAAUAAAUGUUUCAGAGAACCAGUAAGCAGGAAGUGGGGUGGGAAGGGGGGCUGCUGGCAGGUGGCUUGUGACUUGGAAGGGGAGGUCAGGGAGGACCCAGCCUGGCUCCUCCCCGAGAGAGAGACGCUGUACUUCAGGGUCCAGACAGGAAGAUGUGAGUUCAUUUUAUUACUUGCGCUGGGGAGGAGUCAGCCUGCCUCCAUCUUGGGCUUGUAAGCCAUCUCACUAUAAAGACAAACUAGGGUCCUGCCUGUUCAUGUUCAAGGAUCAGGCUAUGUCCCACCUGUAACCUCAACUAUAAAUGGUUCUGCACGGCCUGUGCCAAGAAAUAAUGACCUUGAAUUUGUUUCUUUGAAUGUGUUUAUUUUACAUCUCGCCUGGCCUGUGGUUUCCUCUCCCUCUUCUCCUCCCAGUUCCCGCUCCUCUCCCCCUCCCCUGUCCAUGUCUUUGCUUCAAAAUAUUGUUCUGACCAUCUUGCUACCCUACCUUUGUUUCAAAGGGUUAUUAUAACCCCUUGUUAUGACCACGUUAUUAUGUUCUGCUCCUGAAACCCACCUCUUUGCCUGCCAAAUCCCCCCUUUGGAAACCCCCUACCUCUGAGCUGUAAGAGCCCUUACCUUUCCCAUCUCCAGUGGUAACUUUUGAACCCCACCUUAGGGGCAGGCUCCCCUGCGUAUAUGUGCAAGAAUAAGAAAGUUUGCUUAAGCAUGUUUCCAAGGGCUGUGGCUGCUCAUAGCCAUGGGAUCUCCAACUGCAUGCCAGAGUAACGGAGAGACUUUGACAGCCCAGGUUAUCACAGUGCCUGCUGUUGCCACUCAGCUCUCCUAUAUGUUUUUCCACUGGAGUUAUGAGCUGUCUGUCCUUCUGUCCUGUGGUAUUCACAACAAACUUUCCUUCUGCAGUGUGCACUUGGGCGGUUCUUGGAAGAGUGAGGAGACAGCCUGUCAGCCUCUGCUCAUUAACCUAAGGACCAUGUGACCAGUGAGGUGGCCAUCUUGUGGUUUGGUCUGCAUUAUUUGUUGGAAAAAUGCCACAAGAAGAUCACACUGGGAUAUAGAAGUUUCUGGCGAAUACUUAGCCAGGUAGCCUUUUGUGGCCAGAUUGGUCUACAAAGAGAAACAGCAUUUUGGAAAAGUGAAAUACCUUUGUAACCUAACCUGCAAUUGGUUCAAUAAAGACUUCAAAUUUAAAAAAAAAAAAAAA